UCCUCAUGUUAGGAUUGAGAAGAGUAAAGAUAACGUGGCUACAGUGGCUUAAAGGCUUUUAAAAUUUGAACAAUCUUGAUCAUGAAAUUGAUAAUAAUUCUUUUCUUUUAGGAUUUUGGCUUUAAAAUUGUUAUAGCAUAAAAUAUAAAUAAUAAUGGAAAAAGAGCAAGAAGCAAGUAAUCCUUUAGCGAGAAAAUUGAACAAAAUAUUAGAAAAUAAAUUGGAUAAUGACAAGGAAACUUUGGAAGCAUUGAAAGCAUUAUCAACAUUCUUUCCUGAAAAUACAUUACGUGCUCGUCGAAAUUUGAGAAGUGAUAUUGAAAAAAGAAGUCUUAUAGUAAAUGAAGAGUUUGUACAAUCUUUCAGAAAUGUUAAAGAGGUUCUUGAUGAUUUAUAUACUAGUGUUACUGAAAUGAAUCAAUGCUGUACAGAGAUGAGAAAUAGAUUACAAACAACUAAAUCUCAUACACAUGACCUUAUUUCUCAAACAACUAAACUUCAAGCUGAAGGUCAAAAAAUACAAAUGAAACAGGAAGUUGUUCAAGCUUUUCUCAAUACUUUCCAACUGAAACCAGAAGAAGUAUUAAUUCUUAGAGGAACAAGAGAUGGUGGAUUAAAUGAAGACUUUUUUAAAGUUCUGAGUAAAGUUAAGAAGUUACACAAUGAUUGCAAAAUUUUAUUAAGAAGCAAUCAACAAACUGCAGGAUUAGAAAUAAUGGAGUCUAUGGCACUUCAUCAGGAAGCAGCUUAUGAAAGAUUAUACAGAUGGACUCAAAGUGAAUGUCGACUUUUGAUUGUGGAAUCACCUGACAUUAACCCACUUCUUUGCCAAGCAAUGGAGAGUUUGCAGGAUAGAUCUGUAUUAUUUAAAUAUUCUGUUGAUGAAUAUGCAAAUGCCCGUAGGGCUGCAAUUGUUCGAGGAUUUAUUGAUGCAUUAACCAGAGGAGGUCCUGGUGGAAUGCCACGUCCUAUUGAAUUGCAUUCUCAUGAUCCACUAAGAUAUGUUGGAGAUAUGUUAGCAUGGUUACAUCAAACUAUUGCUUCUGAAAAAGAAAUGAUAGAAGCAGUUUUAAGAAAAUGUGUGAAAGAAAGUUUGGAAGAAGACAUACAACAGGCUUUAUCUCACAUAACAGAAGGAUUAUGUCGACCAUUAAAAGUUCGUGUAGAACAAGUAACAGUAUCAGAACCUGGAGCAGUCACUCUCUUUUGUUUGAGCAGUUUGUUAAAAUUCUAUCACCAAACAAUUAACCAAGUUGUCACUGUAGAGUCUCAGUUAUUAAAUACAUUGAAAGAACUGCAAGAUUUAAGUAGAAAAAUGUUUUAUAAUAGUAUGACAUGUCAUUGUAGCCAACUUUUAGAGCAAAUUGAACUUCCUCCAGCUGAUUUAGGGCCUCCAGAAUCUCUUACACAAUCUUUAGCAUUACUAAAAGAAAUAUUAUCUUGUCAAGAUGGUAGUCUCAUAUCUAUUGAUGAUAGACAGAAAGAUGUGCCUCAGAUUUUGACAACAAUGAUAGAACCACUACUACAAAUGUGUCAUAUGUCAGCAUCUAAGCUUGCACCUGUUGAUAUGGCUGUUUAUUUAACAAAUUGUCUUCAUUUAAUGCAUUCCUCAUUAACUGUGUAUGAAUUCAGUGAUCAACAAUUAGAAAUGCUACAGGCACAAAUGGAAGCACAUCUUGAUACAUUAGUCAGUGAACAGACUUCUCAGAUUGUAGGUCAUCUGGGUUUAGGGACAGUUUAUAAAACUCUGCAAACAUAUCAACCAAAACAAGGUCCACUUUCAGCAAUUCUGGGAUGUGAUGCUUUGGCUAUUCAGUCUGCUAAUAAAAAAUUAGAUUCCUUUCUCUCUUCUCCAGACAGUCUGGCAAUUCCUCAAUGUAAUUUACUGCUCAGUGUAGUAUUAAGGCAAAAUCUUCGUUCGAGAACUGUCGAGCUUUUGUGUUCUGUCUACAAACAAAUUUAUGAAGCCAUACAUGAUGCUUCUAAUGCGUAUCCGGAACCUGAUUCUCUUUUGCCUUAUAUGCCAGAACAAGUUACUUCUCUUUUGAAAUGAUUUUGAAUUUUAUAUGACAAAACAUUCCUUAAUUUAAUUUUAUAAAUAUUUUGUAAUAUAUUUUUAAAAUGAAAAAUGAAAAA